CUCCGUGGCAUCACAUCGAGAACCUGGACCUCUUCUUCUCUCGCGUUUAUAAUCUGCAUCAGAAGAAUGGCUUCACCUGCAUGCUCAUUGGAGAGAUCUUUGAACUCAUGCAGUUCAUCUUUGUGGUGGCAUUUACCACCUUUCUUAUCAGCUGCGUUGAUUACGACAUCCUCUUUGCCAACAAAGCAGUAAAUCACAGCCAGCAUCCCAGUGAGCCCAUUAAAGUGACUCUGCCAGAUGCCUUCCUGCCUCCAAAUGUCUGCAGUGCAAGAAUCCAGGCAAACAGCUUCCUCAUCUGCAUCUUGGUGAUAGCUGGGGUUUUCUGGAUCCACCGACUCGUCAAAUUUAUCUACAACAUUUGCUGCUACUGGGAGAUUCACUCUUUCUACAUCAAUGCCCUCAAAAUCCCCAUGUCCACCCUGCCGUACUACACCUGGCAGGAGGUGCAGGCCCGCAUCGUGCAGAUCCAGAAAGAGCACCAGAUCUGCAUCCACAAGAAGGAGCUGACAGAGCUGGACAUCUACCACCGCAUCCUCCGCUUCAAGAACUACAUGGUGGCCAUGGUGAAUAAGUCACUGCUGCCCAUCCGCUUCCGCCUGCCCCUGUUGGGAGACACUGUAUUCUACACGCGGGGGCUCAAGUACAACUUCGAGCUCAUCUUCUUCUGGGGGCCCGGCUCCCUCUUUGAGAAUGAGUGGAGUCUGAAGGCCGAGUACAAGCGGGCUGGGAACCGCCUGGAGCUGGCUGAGAAGCUCAGCACUCGCAUCCUCUUGAUUGGCAUUGCCAACUUCCUCCUCUGCCCCCUCAUCCUCAUCUGGCAGAUCCUUUACGCCUUCUUCAGCUACACAGAGAUUCUGAAGCGGGAGCCGGGCAGCCUGGGUGCCCGCUGCUGGUCUCUCUACGGCCGCUGUUACCUCCGUCACUUCAACGAGCUGGACCACGAACUGCACUCACGCCUCAGCAAGGGGUACAAGCCAGCUUCCAAGUACAUGAACUGCUUUAUCUCCCCGCUCCUCACCAUCGUGGCCAAGAAUGUGGCCUUCUUUGCUGGCUCCAUCCUGGCUGUGCUCAUCGCUCUCACCAUCUAUGAUGAGGACGUGCUGGCGGUCGAGCACGUCCUGACCACAGUCACCCUGCUUGGGGUGGGCAUCACAGUGUGCAGGUCUUUCAUCCCUGACCAGCACCUGGUGUUUUGCCCAGAACAGCUGCUGCGAGUCAUCCUGGCGCACAUCCACUACAUGCCUGACCACUGGCAGGGCAAUGCCCACCGCUACGAGACCAGGGACGAGUUUGCCCAGCUCUUCCAGUACAAAGCGGUCUUCAUCCUGGAGGAGCUCCUGAGUCCCAUCAUUACCCCUCUGAUCCUCAUCAUCUGCCUGCGUCCCAAGUCCUUGGACAUCGUUGACUUCUUCCGCAACUUCACCGUGGAGGUGGUGGGCGUGGGUGACACCUGCUCCUUUGCCCAGAUGGACGUGCGCCAGCAUGGCCACCCGGCGUGGAUGUCUGCAGGAAUUUCCAUUUACCAGCAGGCCGAAGAUGGCAAGACGGAGCUCUCCCUCAUGCACUUUGCCAUCACCAACCCCAAGUGGCAGCCACCCCGCGAGAGCACGGCCUUCAUCCGCUUCCUGAAGGAGCGGGUGCACCGAGACAGCAGCGUGGCGCUGGCUCAACAGGCUGUGCUCCCCGAAAACGCCCUCUUCAGCUCCAUCCAGUCCCUCCAGUCGGAGUCAGAGCCUCACAGCCUGAUUGCCAACGUCAUAGCGGGUUCAUCGGCACUGGGCUUCCACAUGGGCCGGGAUGGACAGGGCUCCCGCCAUCUCUCCGAAGUGGCCUCGGCCCUACGUUCCUUCUCACCGCUCCAGUCUGCCCAGCAGCCUCCCAGCAGCUUCCAAACGGCUGGAAGGGAUGGAGAGGGAGCCCAGCCUCGGGGCGCCAGUGCCAUGACGGCCUCUGGUGCCGAUGCGAGGACCGUGAGCUCGGGGAGCAGCGCCUGGGAGGGUCAGCUACAGAGCAUGAUCCUGUCGGAGUACGCCUCCACCGAGAUGAGUCUCCACGCACUCUACAUGCAUGAGUUGCACAAGCAGCACGCCCAGCUGGAGCCCGAGCGGCACACUUGGCACCGGCGAGAGAGUGACGAGAGCGGGGAGAGCGCCCACGAGGAGCUGGAUGCUCAGCGGGGUGCCCCCGUCCCCAUCCCUCGCUCUGCCAGCUACCCUUUUGCCUCGCCGCGGCAGCCUGCCGAGGAGACGGCCACGCUGCAGACCGGCUUCCAGCGGCGAUACGGUGGUAUCACAGACCCGGGCACAGUACACAGAGCCCCAUCACACUUCUCCCGCCUCCCUCUGGGAGGCUGGGCUGAGGACGGGCAGUCAGCGAGACACCCAGAGCCCGUGCCAGAGGAGAGCUCAGAGGAUGAGCUUCCACCGCAGAUCCACAAGGUGCUACAUCCCCUCUCUGUCUUACAGGUAUAACCUUGUAGACUGGGGAUCUCGUGGGGGUUGCAGACUGGGAGCCGCCUGGGCAGUAGGAUGUGGCGUCAGCCUGAUUAUUCUCCCGUCCUGAGUGGACAGGAUAGUCCUGGGCUCCAUUUUGUUGCCAUCAAUUGCCGAAGAGACAAAACUGCCAGGCCGGCGGCAUUGUGGUGGCACCUUGUGUCCAGCCAUGUGUCAAGUCAACGCCACUCUGACUCUUGUGGGGUGAAUGCGUGUGUGAGUACAUACAUGUGUCUGUGUUCACAUCUGUGUCGUCCGUGUCGGAGGAUCGCUGCAGAGCCUGCGAAAGCUGACGUGACC